CGACCCUCGUCUGCUCCCGCCCUAGCCCGUGCGGGUCCGCAAGGGCCAGAUUGAGGCGGCGGCGAGGUGGCUGUGCGGAGAGCCCGGCUGGGGAAGGCUUCAUGCUCCCGGCUCAGAGCGUCCCCGGCCAGGUGCUGCUUUUCUGAAGUUGCUCACCGGGACUUCUCAGCGUGGCUGCAGAAAUAAAUAGGUGAGGCCGCUGGCCGCUAGGACUUCCCACUCCGUAUGAAUGCCGCCAGCCCCGGACCGGGACCUCACUGCUUCUGCCGCCUCGGACCGCGGGACUAAGCGACCCUUGCCGCGACUUACUUUCCGGGCCCCCUCGCAUCUCACCACUGUCUUUCUGGAUUGACCUCGUGGACUCCUGUCUCGCCUUCCCACCGUGAACAUCAAUAUGUGUCAUGUCAUUGUCACCUGCCGCUCGAUGCUCUGGACCCUCCUGAGUAUCGUAGUGGCCUUUGCUGAGCUCGUCGCCUUCAUGAGCGCAGACUGGCUGAUCGGGAAAGCCAAGACUCGCGGCGCCGGCGCUGAGCCGGCAGGCACUGACUCGGAGCCCUACUACCUGGGCAUUCUUUGCAUCCGCACGCCGGGCAUGCAGCAAGUCCCUCGGGACACACUUUGCGGGACCUACGCCAAGAGCUUCGGGGAGAUCGCCAGCGGUUUCUGGCAAGCCACUGCUAUUUUCCUAGCCAUGGGGAUCUUCAUUCUCUCCGUGGUGGCCUUGGUGUCCGUCUUCACAAUAUGCGUGCAAAGCAUCAUGAAGAAAAGCAUUUUCAACGUCUGCGGGCUCCUGCAGGGAAUUGCAGGUCUGUUCCUCAUCCUCGGCCUGAUACUCUACCCUGCGGGCUGGGGCUGCCAGAAAGCCAUAGACUGUGGGCGGCAUGCAUCUCCCUACAAACCUGGAGACUGUUCCCUGGGCUGGGCCUUUUAUACGGCCACCGGGGGCACGGUGCUCACGUUCAUCUGUGCUGUCUUCUCCGCACAAGCAGAGAUUGCAACCUCCAGCGACAAAGUCCAGGAAGAAAUUGAAGAGGGGAAGAACCUGGUCUGCCUGCUGUAGUCUGGAAGACGUGAAUGCCGCCGUUACCUUUCUUUAUGACUUGUGACACAGUCUUCGCCAUUUGAAUCAAGUGAAGAACCAGCCUUGACCUAGCAGAGCCACACUCCACAGCCCAGGCCCUCGUGGGACCAGCGAGGGGUCGCCCAGCAAGCAGAGUUCUUGCACGCGCAGGCUGCAGUGCACAUAGGAGACCAGACAAGGACAUGUGUAGCCCGACUGCGGAGUCCCCUCAGACUCUCCUGGUAGCAGAGGCCAGCCAGCCUCAGGGUGGUUUGAGGCAGAUUUCUGGCUCAGAGCCAUGUGUCUCUGAACAUCUCAGGAUGCAGGCUGGAGGUGGUGUCUGUUUGCUCCUAGUUCUUUCAAGUUGUUUCAACUGGAGGCUGAGAGGAGGACUACAGACUGCUGGUAGCAGGGCGCAUGCUGAGGUUG